CGCCUCUACAAUUACUGUUGGGGCAAGGCAAGGCAAGGCAUGGCACUGAUUUCGUAACAGAGAAGGUGGACGAGGGAAGAGAGAAUGGCACCCCACGAUCUCCGCCGUCCGUUCAAACGACCGGCUAUCUCCGACCAACAGAGGCGCAGGGAGCUCUCCCUGCAGCGCCAAGCACAGAAUCGCCGCGACGCUCAGCAGCAUGCCCGCUGCUUAGCCUCCACCCUCAUAUAUCUCCAGUCCCCGCAUCCCGAAUCCACCUCAGAGCCCCAAGUCGAAGUCGAAGACGAAGUCGAGCUCGAAACCGAACCCGACCCUGAAGCUUUGGCGAGCGAAAUCGAUAUUCGACAGGCCUCGAAGCUCAGAGGCUCCCAAGCUCGAAAAUGGUUCGCUAGACAGCUUAUGCUUCCCGAGUGGAUGAUCGACGUCCCCGAUCAACUUGCUCAAGACUGGUAUGUAUUUGCAAGGCCUGCUGGGAAGCGAUGCUUCGUCGUUUCGACAAACGGUACAACAGUUAGUAGGCUACGGAACGGUUCUAGACUGCACCAUUUCCCAUCUGCUUUACCCAACGGGGCUAGGAACAGAGAUGCAUCAGGCUCUGCUCAAUCCUAUUCUAUUCUCGAUUGCAUCUUUCACGAGUCGGAUCAUACAUACUACGUGGUCGACAUGGUUUGCUGGCGGGGAUACUCUCUCUAUGAAUGCACGGCAGAGUUCAGGUUCUUUUGGUUGAACUCUAAGCUUUCCGAGACUGGUGCUUGUGACCCGCCUUCUCAAUAUCAUAGAUACAGGUUUAGUCUGGUUCCGGUUUAUAAUUGUGACCAGCUUGGUCUGUCUGCGGCCUAUAGCGGAGAAGCCCCUUACGUGAAAGACGGCUUGUUAUUUUAUAAUAAGCAUGCACAUUACCAGACUGGAAAUACACCGCUAGCAUUAGUAUGGAAGGAUGAAAACUGCAGCCAAUAUGUCAUUGACACAGAUAGUAAAGGACAGAUUCCAAGCCAACAACAGGUAGUUUUGGAGCUACAAGAUAAUGGGAGCUUGGCCACAUCAGACGAUCCUCCUGUGGUAUUUGGCUGCUUAGAUGGGGGAUUUAUGCAGAAGUCAGGAUUGUGUUCUGGAAAUCUUCUGCGCUUUGCAAUCAGGAAUGGAGGAUUGAGUUUUGUGGAUGGGAAGCUUGAGAAGGCUGAUUUACAUUAUCUUGGCAAGUCCAAUCGAGCACGUGCUUUUGCAGAUAGUUACUCGAAGGUUAUGUUCCAGUAUAUGGCUCGGCAUUCUCCUAUAAGAUAUGAUGAUCUGAUAGGAUCUAUUAGCUCUUCAAUUGAUCAAGAAAACAAACCUUCCGAUGUGCAGAUGGAUGGUUGAUGGGGACCAUCGGUGAUAGAUACCGGAGGUUCAUGUCCUGUGAGAAUCAGAAUGCUAUUCAUGGUCUCCAUGUAGGUCUUCUACAAGCAGCAUGACGCCAUUGCGAUGCUGUACUCUCCCAAAUGCUCCCAUCAUUUGUGAUUCAAUACUGAAGCUGACUCAUAUUCUUGAGACUUGAUGGCAAUCAUAGCUACAGAAUUUUUUAUUUGGAUCAGACAAGCGGUUAUAUACUUGUAUUUGUUUGUGAGCCACUUAUGGACUGCUGGAAUCGUUUGCUUAUAGUAAUGUGAGAUUUUUGCCACUUGCGGUGGCUUUCUUUCA